AUGGCAACUAAUAAAGACAUUGAAUCUGAUACUGGUGAUAUAAACCGAAUUUCUCGUGAUUAUGCGGUAAUGAGAUUGGAAAUUAUGGAGCAAUCUGAUUUGUUAGGGCUCUCUGAAGUAGAUUUUAGGGAUUUAUCUAACGAAUUUCACUCAUCGCAGCGAAAAUUGUUGUUAUCGUUGAACCGUUUAGAGCGUACCAAUGAACUUGAAAUUACAGUUAAGUUUGAUACAAAGAUGAAACAAAUUAAACAAAGAUUUGUAGAAAUGAAUUCUAUAGAUAAAAAAUCUAUUUCUAAUAUAAAUGUUAAUAACAGUGAACCACAAGUUUCCGUAAAAUUACCCAAAAUCAAUAUAAAACCGUUUGAUAGUAAUUUGGAUAAUUGGAUUUCCUUUAUUCAAUUAUAUAAUUCGAUUAUUCAUAAUAGGACGAAUAUAUCAAAUGUGGAGAAGUUACAUUAUUUAUUGUCAAGUGUACAGGGUAAAGCUUACGAUUUGAUUAAGAAUUAUCCUCUCACUAAUGAAAAUUAUCUAAAUGCUUAUGAAACUCUUUUGAAAUAUUAUAACAGACAGCGACAAAUCGCUCCAGCUUAUUAUGAGAAGUUGCUAUAUUGUGAACCCAUUAAAUUUAAGACCAGUUCAGAACUUGAACGCAUUUAUCGUACAUUUUCAGAAAAUUUGGCUAUUCUAGAUAAAUAUAAAUUGCCAGAUAAGAAUUUUAUGUUGUUCCAUUUGUUGUGGUCAAAAUUGGAUAAAUCUACAAGGGAAGCAUUCCAACUUGAACAGAAUACAGAAGAUGUUCACAGUAUACCUAAGUUUGAACAUCUACAAAAUUUUAUUGAAAAACACUAUAGGGCUUUAGAGUUAAGUAGUGUUAAUUCGUUGUCAUUGGGUUCAAAGUUUAAUCCGAAUUUGUACAAAGUUGGUAAUCAAUUAAAAUUUAAGGCAAAAUCAUCUCUUUUAGUGUCUAAUACAGCUUGUGUAUUUUGUAAAGGACAGCAUGUUCUGGCUAAAUGUGAAAAUUUUAUAAGCUUGAGUGUUAAAUCACGUUUCGAUUUUGUUAAAGAAAAUCGUUUAUGUUUAUUGUGUUUCUCGAAUAAUCACACCCUAAAACAGUGUCGUGCUACUUAUCGUUGUGAAGCCUGUAAUUAUUCUCACCAUACAUUGUUGCAUUUUGAUAAACCUAAGCCUGAAGCUCCUGUUGUCGAUGAAAAAGCCUCAAGUAGUACUGUUUUGACUUCAAUAGCAAAUAUUAGUCAUAGCAAAACAGUUUUAUUCUCUACAGCUAAAGUUUUAAUAAAAGAUGGACAGGGUAAUUAUCAAACCGUUCGUGUAUUAUUAGACUGCGCAAGUGCUUGUAAUUUUAUUUCGGAGUCCUGUGCCAAGAGGUUACAAUUGCCUAUAACUAAAACAAAUCAGUCAAUCAGUGGUAUUGGUCAUUCUUUAGCAAAACCACUUGGAUCAUCUGUUUGUGAAAUAAAGCCGACGAAUUCCUUCUCAUCAAGUGAACUUAAAUUCAAAGCUUUGGUGUUGUCGUCAAUUUGUGCCGAUCAACCAAGUCAGCAUAUUAAUGCCUCAAAUUGGUACCAUAUAAAAAAAUUGCCACUUGCUGACCCUGAUUUCGAUUGCCCAGGACCAAUUGAUAUUUUAUUGAACGCUAGUAUUUUUGUAUCAUCUUUACUACCUGGUUUGAAAAGAGGUGUCGCAGGGCAGCCGUGUGCAUUGCAGACGGUCUUCGGCUGGAUUUUAAUGGGUGAAUGUAACGGCACUGAUAGUUUUCACCAUACACGUGGGGAUUGUUUCCUUAUAACAGAUACUUCCCAAUGUAAUAUAUCGAAUUUGUCAUUAGAUAAUUGUAUUAGAAGGUUUUGGGAGAUGGAAAGUAUCGCAUCGUUACCAAAGAUUUUAUCUAGGGAAGACAAUCGAUGCGAGAAAUAUUUUGUUGAAAAGUCUUGUCGUAAUCGGGAAGGUAGGUUUGUUGUUCCAUUACCUUUUGUCGAUCCUAAUAGCAAACCUAUAUUUUCUAAUUCUCGAGAUAUAGCCCUGAAAAGGUUUUUGUCGUUGCAAAAUAAAUUAAAGAGAAAUUGUGAGUUUCGCCAGCAAUAUAGUUCUUUCAUGCAAGAUUAUAAAGAUUGUGGGCAUCUUUUGGAAGUGAAACCUCCAUCUGAAAAUCUUGGUAAGUUUUACUACAUUCCCCACCAUGGUAUAUUGCGGCCUGAAUCCGUGACUACUCCUCUUCGUGUUGUAUUUGACGCCAGCGCUAAGGAUACUAAUGGUAUCUCCUUAAAUGACACUCUUUUAUCUGGUCCUAAGCUUCAGUUAAAUAUUACUGAUUUAUUGUUGCGUUUCCGUUGUCACGCUGUAGUGUUUACAGGUGACAUUAAACAAAUGUAUCGUCAAAUUUUGAUUUCUGAUGAGGAUUCGGAGUAUCAACGUGUGUUGUGGCGAUCGUCUCCUGAUGAGCCUAUUCGUGACUAUAAACUCCUUACAGUCACAUAUGGCGUAUCUUCUGCUCCUUAUCAAGCACUCCGCACUAUUGCUCAAAUCGCUGAGGAUGCCGCUGCUGAGUUUCCAACGGGAUCAGCUGUGCUUAGCCGUGAUAUUUAUGUUGACGAUGUUGUGUCAGGAGCUGAUUCCAUCGAAAAGUGUUUAGUCAUAAGAUCAGAACUAACUAAAAUAUUGUCGUUGAAUGGGUUCCAUUUACGAAAAUGGACUUCUAAUCACAAAGCUUUCUUGAAUGAUCUCGAUUCAUCUGAUUUGUAUUCAGAGGAAUUUAAGAGCUUCGAAGAGACUUCGGAUAUCACACUUAAAAUUUUAGGGCUUUUGUGGAUACCAAAUUUAGAUUGUUUUACUUUUAGGGUUGCUGAAUUUGAAGAGAGGCGGCUCACGAAACGUGUCAUACUAUCAGAUAUUGCGCGUAUUUAUGAUCCGUUGGGUUUUCUCGGUCCUGUAACAUUUUAUGCUAAGUUUCUUAUGCAAUUACUCUGGACUUCAGGUGUUUCUUGGGACAGCGAUGUGCCACUGGAAAUAGCUAAGCAGUGGUCGAAAUUUAAAUCACAACUUUCGUCUUUGUCGUCUAUUUCAAUUACCCGUCGUAUGAUAGGUUCUUUCGUCUCCGUACAACUCCAUGGAUUCUGUGAUGCUUCAGAACGUGGAUAUUGUGCUGUUAUUUACUGUCGGUCUGUCGAUACAAAUGGUCAUUAUUCUGUUGAAUUUUGUUGUGCAAAAACUAAGGUCGCACCACUUCGUAAAUUAUCGUUACCUCGGCUGGAAUUGCAAGCUGCAGUUUUGUUAGCAGAUUUAAUGAGUUCGGUGUUAAGUGCUUUAAAACCUCUGUGUGAAAUAAAAGAUAUCGUUGCUUGGUCUGACUCUAGUGUUGCUUUGUCGUGGAUAAAAUCCUGCCCGUCCAGAUGGCAUACAUUUGUUGCUAAUAGAGUUAGUCACAUUCAGGAACUUAUCUCUCCUGAUUGUUGGCGACAUGUCAGUACCUAUUUUAAUCCUGCGGAUGUCGGAUCACGUGGCAUUUAUCCAGCUGAGCUAGCUAAAAAUGGGAAUUGGUGGAAUGGACCUAAAUGGCUUUCGGAACCAGACGAAAACUGGCCGGAGUCUACAUUAAUUCCAUCUUCUGCUGAUGUGCAAGCAGAGCAGAAGAUUAUGUGUCUUCAUACUUCUUCUGAAGUCCAUUUUAUUGACUGCUUAAUAAAUAGAUUCUCGUCGUUAUCAAAGUGA